AUGUAUGCACCACAUAUUUGCCAGCAGGUUUCAUCUAAGGCCCUUCGAUAUCGCCUUCUUUCUCUGUUCUAUCUGCCUCCAUGGCCGAAACUGCCGUCCCUAUCUCGUCCCUGUAGUCGACAGGUCUCGAUGGCUUCACCUCCACAACCGCCUCAGCCAGGCGGCUGUUGCAUGUCCGGUUGCUUCAACUGUGUCUGGCUGGAAUACGCAGAAUCCCUGCUACAGUAUCACCUUUCCAUAAAAAGGAACGGGCAGCCUUUUGACGAGAUAUCGGAUGCUGCCUUUGAUGAGAUCAGAGCCAAACUGGAGGCCGUCGAGGACCCGAGCAUACGAGAUUUCCUCCUGUUUGAACUGAGCAUGCGGUUGGACAAGCACUCGAGGUCAGCCGCCGGAAGGCAGCAUGGUGAACACACAGACAGCUAA